AUGUGUCCCGGCGUGGAUAACGAGCCCAAUGGGCAAGCCAACGGUGCCAAUGGCGCCAACGGCAAUGGCGACCACCCCGGCUUCACUCCCAUUGAGACCCGCCAGAACCCCCAACACACCUCCCGCAACCCCUACGGCCACAACGUCGGUGUGACCGACUUCCUCAGCAAUGUCUCUCGCUUCAAGAUCAUCGAGAGUACUCUCCGUGAGGGUGAACAGUUCGCCAACGCUUUCUUCGAUACCGAGAAGAAGAUUGAGAUCGCCAAGGCUCUCGACGACUUUGGUGUUGACUACAUUGAGCUCACCAGCCCCUGUGCCUCUGAGCAGUCUCGUGCCGACUGCGAGGCUAUCUGCAAGCUCGGCCUCAAGGCCAAGAUUCUUACUCACAUUCGCUGCCACAUGGAUGAUGCCCGUGUUGCUGUUGAGACUGGUGUUGAUGGAGUCGAUGUCGUCAUCGGCACAUCCUCAUACCUCCGUGAGCACUCCCACGGCAAGGACAUGACCUACAUCAAGAACACCGCCAUUGAGGUCAUCGAGUUUGUCAAGUCCAAGGGCAUUGAGAUCCGCUUCUCCAGUGAGGACUCCUUCCGUUCAGAUCUGGUCGACUUGCUCUCCAUUUACUCCGCCGUCGACAAGGUCGGCGUGCAGCGUGUUGGUAUCGCCGAUACUGUGGGCUGUGCCUCCCCUCGCCAGGUUUACGAACUGGUCCGUGUGCUGCGCGGUGUGGUGAGCUGUGACAUUGAGACUCACUUCCACAACGACACUGGAUGUGCCAUUGCCAAUGCCUACUGUGCCCUCGAGGCCGGUGCGACCCACAUUGACACCUCCGUUCUUGGUAUCGGUGAGCGCAAUGGUAUCACCCCUCUUGGUGGUCUGAUGGCCCGUAUGAUGGUCGCCGACCCCGACUACGUCAAGAGCAAGUACAAGCUGGAGAAGAUCAAGGACAUUGAGGACCUCGUCGCCGAGGCCGUCCAGGUCAACAUUCCCUUCAACAACUACAUCACCGGUUUCUGCGCCUUCACCCACAAGGCCGGUAUCCACGCCAAGGCCAUCCUCAACAACCCCAGCACCUACGAGAUCAUCAAUCCCGCCGACUUCGGCAUGACCCGCUACGUGCACUUUGCUUCUCGUUUGACGGGCUGGAACGCAAUCAAAUCCCGUUGCCAACAACUGAAGAUCAACUUGACCGAUGACCAGUGCAAGGAGUGCACUGCCAAGAUCAAGGCUUUGGCGGACAUUCGUCCCAUUGCUGUUGACGAUGCCGACUCUAUCAUCCGUGCCUACGCUCGCAACCUGAAGCUCGGUGAGGACAAGCCCUUGAUGGACCUGACCGCUGAGGAGCAGGCCCAAUUCAAGGCCAAGGAGAAGGAGAUUGCCCUCGAGACUCACGAGAACGGCGUCCCUGUCUAA